UCAUAUAUUUUCUUAAUUUUUCGGCAGACGAUAUAUAACUGCAAUGGAACAUAACAUAUGACCAAACGAUAGACAGAAAUGAUGUUUCAGCCUUUUUCAUUGAUUUUUGUGGAAUCAGGAAGCAGAUUUUCAGAGGAGGGGGAAAUAGCAGACAAUUGUGGUCUAGGGUCGACCGCCACUCCACCCCGGACAGGACAGAAAGGGAUCUAACUAUAACCAUUGAAGAUUGAUCCACGACAUGUAAGGUUAUCAGCCCAAUAUUGUUGAAUAGAUUAGCAUGAGCGGUCAAUCCGACACCUAUGUAAGAGAAAUGGUGAGACACGUCAUACAAAACAUGGAGGACUUUCAGCAUAGCCUUGAUUCCAUGGUCAAAGAUCUUCAAUGUCUCAUUCACGACAUCGACACGGUUACCACGGAGAUUCAGGCGAGAAUCGACCGGAAGUCUGCAACACGCUGUAACCAUCCUAGUGAUGCUGAAUGUCCACGUCGUGAAGACGCUUUGCAGAAACUUCUGGACAAUGUCCGAACUGUGGACGAAUCUCCCGAUCUCGACUUGUCGUAUCUUCAAAUUACCUCGUCAUAUCAGCGACCAAAGUGGGGAAGAUCUCUGUCGUUUCCAGUAUCCUCAUUUACGCUUUCAUCCAUAGUAAAUCCGAAGGAGGAAUUUUGGGACGACCGUAACGCUACAAGUUUUGUCUGUGACAUUCCUAAUUUCGAUGCUAGACAAGUAUCAAAAGUAAGAACUACGAGUUGCACUGCGCAAUUAAAAGAUUCUGCUAAAAUUAAAACCAUUCCAGAAUUUAAAAGUUCAUACUCUACCAUUGAUAGACAAAGCUCUGCAUCAAGUUCAAGCGGUACCUAUAAAGAAAUAACCUCCAUUAAAAGGUCAAUUUCAGUUUUUGAGAAUGCUCAGAAUGAAAUGGUGGAAGCAACGACACAGACAAGUUUCUCAUUGGACACUUUUGAUACAUCGACUGUUGAUUUUAACAGUGAGGUUUUUUAUAACGAUGCGCCAGAACCACCUUCCUACACAGGUUCGUAUGAACGUGAAAUGGAAACAGAACUUGAAAACUUAUUCGAAUCUCUUCAUCAGUCAUGUGACCCUGACGUCAAUGAUUGGGUCAUGGAAACCGGAAAUUCUACUCUUUCUAGUGAUGGCGAUACAGAGCUUGAUCAGGACUUGAAUACCUGGGUGUCUUUCACUUUAUCUAAUGCUGCACAAUCUUCUGAGAGUUCUGAAAGCAGUUUUUCUGCAUCGGAAUCGGACAUCAUAAACCACAAUACCAAAGCAACCAACGUGUAUGGCAAUCUGAUAUUUUCUGAUAAUCUAGUCAUCAAUCCAAGUAAAUCUCGAGAAGUUAUCAAACGAUUAGAAGUUUGACAGAGGUUUAAUCUGACUAUAGAUUGUUAAUAAAAAAAUGUCAUUAUGUUACA